CGCCCUGUCGCCCGCGGGUCUCGGAGCUCCGCGGCGCGGGUGACCCGGGGGCGCGCGGCGAACUGGGCGAUGCGGGGAUCCAGGGCGCGCGGCCUGCAGCGGGGACACGCGAUGGGGCCCGGGGCCCCCGAGUGCAGCGAGCUGGACCCGGUCCGGCGCGGGCCUGGCAGAGAUGGAAAAUACGAGGUCGCAGGUCCGGACGGGCGUCCGGGGAGAGGCUGAGGCUGCUUCCCCGCCGGUCUCAGCCGGCGUCCUCCACCUUGGUCCAGGGGCGUCUGGGAUGCGGCGAGUGAAGCCGGCGGCGGCAUCACCUUUGGGAGGAAGUGACGACUAGCCAGAAAGAAGCGCUAAUAAACGCCGGGUCCAGGUCACCGACGUGUCUCCACUUACAGCUGCCGGCGUGGACAGCAGUGCCGGGAGCCUGAUUUCAGCUGCAGGGCCUGUGCAGGUGGAUGUUCUCCUUCCCUUCAGGGCACUGGAUACCUCUCCUCAAGCCCAGGUGCCUGGGCCUAGUGUCAGCAUCGCCCUCCCAAGGUGUUGUGCCCAGUCCCUGUCCACUUCCAGCUGUGACUGGGAGUGCUGUGGCCAGGUCCCACGCUGACCUGUCAGUCUCCAGCAUGCUCAGAGGCACACCUCAGGUUUCCCUGCAACACAGCCCUCCUGAGGAUGUUCCCUGCAAAUGGUCUGAACUCCAAAUUUCUACCAUGAAGCUAAAUAGGGCCCCCUCAAGCUUAAACGCUGUGAGAGAAUUUGACCAGUUAACUUAGUGCAAGCCGUUGGCAGCUGUCCACAGGGGAGAGCCGCCUGAGUAGGGUGUGCAGCAGCUGCGGGAGGGCAGGGGCAUGAGUGGCCGCGUCCCCCUGGCAGAGAAGGCCUUGUCUGAAGGCUAUGCCCGCCUCCGGUAUAGGGACACGUCUUUGCUCAUCUGGCAACAGCAGCAGCAGAAAUUGGAAUCGGUGCCGCCCGGGACAUACCUGAGCAGGAGCCGAAGCAUGUGGUACUCACAGUAUGGGAAUGAGGCCAUCUUAGUCCGAGACAAAAACAAGCUGGAGGUCUCCCGGGACACAGGCCAGUCCAAGUUCUGCACACUUAUGUAAUUCCACGUGGAAACCUGAACCCAAGUGCCAGUUCUGGCAUUGAUUUCUAGUCCUUACUGGAAGAUUUUGAAUAAUGAAGUUGAAGGUCCGUCCAGCUGUGGAGAAAGGACCCAGGAAACCUCUGAAAUGGCUCCCAGACCCUUUAGCAAAGUUGUGUGGACAUGGGACAUUUCCUUCUGCAGCCCCUUGCAGCCGGUCAUUGCAACAUUCUAGUUCUCCUACACCCAGGCACUGCCAAGGGGAUGUUUCUCUGUUAAGCUUCCAAGCCUCCAUUCCCAUCAUGAGCCUGCUUUUCAAGUUCUCACAGUUUGUGUUUAGCAUUAACUUCUGCCUGCUCAAGAGCAGCUCAGGCCUAGCGUAAGUGAGGGAUCACCUAUCUGUCUCAGCUCCGUUUGCUCGGCCGGGAUGGAGGCUGACCACGCUCCAGUUAAUGCAGAUAGUAAGCAGCAGCAGCAGCCCAGGGAGCUGGGUUGCACUUGCGUUUUGAGUUACCAGGACAGUCAUUCUCUGUGACACACAGGCAGCCCCAAGACACUGUGGGUGCACCAGCAAGUGCAUCCAGAUCACAGCAAGGAAACACCAAGUUUGAGGGGCUGCCUGCAAAGAUUUCAAAGGGAAGAACAUGGCUUAAAUGGCAGUUCUCCAUGGGACGUUGAAUUUCAGCUUCUAUUCUGAGGCCACAGCUCACACCACUGACUGUUUGACAUGUGUAUGUCACUGUUGCCCACGUGCAGCCAGUGGCCACCUGUGUGUGUGGUGUCCAUGAGCCAUUCUGAAAAGAUUUGCUCUCUGCCGUAAUUACAGCCUUCCUGGUUGUACAAAUGUGGAAGGGUCUUUUGUCAAAGCUGAUUUUUCUUUUCUAAAUAAACAUCCUUUAGGACUCUC